GUUACAAUGAAAGUUGUUCUCGGUUUGAUGUUCAUAUUCUCUUCAUCAGUAAGCGGCGAUUAUCGAGAGCAACAAGCUCGUGCAAUUCAACUGACCAAGCAACGUCAGAAUGAACAAUCGAUCAGCCAGUUUCAUCGACCCAGUAAGGCAGCGCCAGCCACAAGUGCAGUCACUGUACGGAGUGAACGACUGGACGUGGUCCGCCUGAAUCAUCUCAUCCAGAGGAUCGACAAGCGUUGGACGCCACCCAGCUCUAAUGGAUCCCGAGAGCUGAUCGGCUCGAAUUUUCAGUACCGCAAAACUUGUGCGAAUAUCUACAAGGCUCGUCAUAACGCGUGUGAACAACUCGGUUUUGGCAUCAUGUGCUUCAAUUAUUGUCAUGAACAAGGCGAAAAUUUGCGAUUUGCAUGUCAAGAUGCGUCGGAUGCUGCGUACUGUAAAAAUGCGGCUGUGUUUGACAAGUUUCUGGUGAAGUAUCAACGAGAUUCAUAUAAAGCAAAAACUUUCAUUCAUCAGAUGCUCUCUCGAUGCUAUGCAACAGCGAUAUGUACCAACAAGAAUGGAUUGCUGAAUAGCACUUUGAUACGAAAUGAAACGCCGUUGAUGCGUAUGUCACCGGUGAAUAUCACCACCUACAUAAGUCUUGUUCUACCGAAUGAUAAAGCCAUCACCAACUCUUCGCCUAGUCCUUCCUUGGUCAACAAGCUCAGCGCUGCUAAAACGAAGUCACCAAGCCGAACCAUACGACCAAGUCGAAAUAAGGUUGUGCUAGCUACAACACGACCGAGGAAUUACACUGCGAAUCCACUGAGACGUACAACAACACAAAAACCGAAAGCAGUACCGUACGAGAUACCGAAACAGGCAAAUGCACGGCAUCGGCAAGAACUGCAACAACAAAGCUCGACAACUACCAAUAAUGUAAAAGCAUCCAUGAAUAUUCCACCAAAAGCUGUUCCCAUAUGGCAGAGAUUACUUAAAAAAUAUCCCAAGUCUUCAAAUUCAUCAACAAAAGCACCAGCUAACGCAACACCAACCCAAGAAAGCGUCACCGCACAAUCGCAACCAGUCAUCCCAGAAAUUCCAACAUCAAAACGCGCAAAUCCAACUUCAAACAGAAGAUUUUCAGCUUCAGAGAGGCAGUUUUCAAACUCUGCGAGAGAACCAGUAACCUUAGACCCGACAACAACAAGUUGGCAUGAGGUUGAUCAAAGAGGACAAGUGAAAGAACGAAGUGAACAAGGAACAACUCAAGAAUUGCUAUCUCCUCAUCAAAUACCGCAAGAAUUCAGCACGGCUGAAUUGCAAGGGGAAGAAGAAACAGAGAAUGAGCCCGAUACAGUUGCCGACGAAGAAAUUUUGCGGUUUUCACCCGAGAUUAUUGAAGCAUUACUUCUCAGACCCGCAUCUCGUCGUGCAGUUGCCGAUGCUAAGCAAUCGACCAAAUCAGCAUCAAACUGUGCUGAUCAACUCAACGAUCGCAACAUACAACGAGCACCUGCAAAAUUCGAACAACAAACCGUUGAAAAGUAA